CCCACACUCACGCAUCCAGCCCGUCGCCGCGUACGUACGAAAACAAAGUGGUGAGUUCACGGCACCAACACACGCCAGCCGCGCCAGCGACACGGACACGGGCCCGAACAAAGUGAUUCGAGACGCGAAUGCUAACGCAUGCGCCAGUGGUCCGCGAGCGAAGGAUUCAAAAUUUUGAACAGAAACUUGCAGCAGAAUCGGUUAAAAACAAUUCGAGUGGAUUGCUGGAGAGUGCGCGAGUCCGUUAACGUGUCGGGAAUGUGUGUACGAGAACGUUUCGACCACGAAAAUCACGGCUAAAUGGCGAUCCGCGGCCAUCACACGUCCUCGUCGUCCACGGGCUAAGAAGUGCAUUCAGUUUGGUUUAGUCAGUUGAGCGACAGUAGAAAAACGCGAAAAGUGGUGGUUGGUUUGCGACGGUUCUGUCGGCUGCUGUGUGACCUGCGAGCGAGCCUGACUCCGCUCCCCCUGAAAAGGACGUGCUGAAGAAUUCCUUCCGGGCUCCAACGCGAACAAGUGGUUUCGAGUAGCGAAGAACCUGCGCACGCAGAGUGAACGGCGACGGGCGACCUUUCGCCGCGAUCGCGAAGGCGGCCAAGUGGUCUUUGCGGCUGAGCCCUGCAAGUUUCCUUGAAAGCUCCUCGUCUGAACAACUCCUUGGAGUGGACGUCGCGGAACCGCGUCCCCCUGUGAUUAAUUGAGGAAUUCUGGCGGCGCAAAAUACUCGAGAUAAAUGUGUGCUAAAUGUGACAGUGAAAAGGAUUAAGGAUCACAGUGCGAACAUGCGGUUGUCGACCAGCCAAUCCCCAAAGUCGGAUACUUGGAUUAAGCUCGCGCUCCUUGGAUUUACCCUCACUGCAUUUGGAUUACUCGGCGGCGCUGAAGGUUCAAUAUCAUCUUGUUCACCGUCACCCUGUAAAAAUGGCGGAUCAUGCGUACGAACGAGCGAAAAAUUAUACUGCAAUUGCACAUCACGAUAUACAGGCGACUUUUGUGAGCAUCCCAAUCCAUGUCAUACAGGCCCCGGUCCUCGAUGCCAAAAUGGCGGUACGUGUCAGGUAAUAUUUCGCGAUGGCACGCCGCGUUUUGAAUGCAUUUGCCCCAUCGGCUUUACUGAAUCACUAUGUGAAAUUCAUGUGGAAAACGCAUGUGAUUCAUCACCGUGUCAAAAUGAUGGUACGUGCCAUUUGAAAUCGCUGGUCGAAUAUACGUGCGAAUGUCCCAUCGGAUAUACAGGUAAACAUUGUGAAAAGCAGAAUUUGUGUGCAUCAUCACCGUGCCGAAAUGGAGGUACUUGUACAUCAUCGCCAGGUGGAGGUUACAAGUGUUUUUGCCCGAAAGGAUUUAAAGGACCCAAUUGCUCAGUGGAUGUGAUAGAAUGUGAUUCGAAUCCAUGUAAACAUGGAGGAACUUGUGUUAAUACUCAUGGAUCAUACCAAUGUGUAUGCGCUUCAGGAUAUACGGGAAAGAAUUGCGAAUCGAAAUAUAUCCCAUGUUCACCAUCGCCAUGUCAACACGGGGGAACAUGUCAACCUCUAUCUAAUUCACUCUCAUAUGAAUGCCGAUGCCCACCAGGCUUCCGAGGCAAAAAUUGCGAAGAAAACAUUGAUGACUGCCCAGGCCACCUCUGUCAAAAUGGAGGAACUUGCAUAGAUGCCGUAAAUGCGUAUACAUGUAGCUGUCCACCAAAUUACACAGGUAGAUUUUGUGAAGACGAUGUCGACGAAUGUGCUUUAAGACCAUCGGUAUGCCAAAAUGGUGCUACUUGCACGAACACUGUGGGCGGCUACUCGUGCAUUUGUGUAAAUGGAUGGAACGGAACGGAUUGUAGUGUAAAUAUUGACGAUUGUGCAGCAGCUGCUUGUUUCAAUGGAGCAACUUGCGUGGACGGUGUUGGAAGUUUCCACUGUCAAUGUGCUAAAGGGAAAACAGGACUUUUAUGCCACCUCGACGAUGCCUGUACCUCGAAUCCAUGUCAUGCAGAUGCAAUAUGUGACACAAGCCCUAUAAACGGCUCGUUCACUUGUUCCUGUGCUUCAGGAUACAAGGGAAUUGAUUGUUCUGAGGACAUCGAUGAGUGUGAACAAGGCUCGCCAUGUGAACAUGAUGGUAUCUGCGUGAACACCCCUGGAUCGUUUGCUUGUAAUUGCUCGCAAGGUUUCACGGGACCAAGAUGUGAAACAAAUGUUAACGAAUGCGAAUCUCAUCCAUGCCAGAAUGAAGGAAGCUGCCUAGACGACCCUGGAACUUUUCGAUGCGUGUGUAUGCCUGGAUUCACUGGAACACAAUGUGAAGUUGAUAUUGAUGAAUGCAAAACAAACCCUUGCCUGAACGGAGGAACUUGCCAUGACAUGAUCAACGGAUUCAAAUGCACGUGUGCUUUGGGAUUCACAGGCAAACGGUGUCAAAUCAACAUUGAUGACUGCCAAUCGCAGCCUUGCCGGAACAAUGGCAUUUGUCACGAUUCUAUAGCUGGUUAUACAUGUGAAUGUCCUCCAGGCUACACAGGCUUAUCUUGUGAAAUUAACAUCAACGAUUGCCAGUCAUCACCAUGCCACCGGGGGAGGUGUAUUGACGGAGAUAAUUCUUUCACUUGCCAGUGUGAUGCUGGAUAUACAGGAAAUUUAUGCCAGACUCAAAUCAAUGAAUGCGAAUCGAAUCCUUGCCAAUUCGGUGGACAUUGUGAGGAUCUAGUCGGUGGAUAUCUGUGCCGAUGCUCGCCAGGUACUUCGGGAACGAAUUGCGAGACAAACGUAAAUGAAUGUCAUAGUAAUCCGUGCCGGAAUGGAGCUACAUGUAUAGAUGGAAUUAACAGAUAUACAUGCAAAUGCGUACCAGGCUACACCGGCACCCAUUGUGAAAUUAACAUCAAUGAGUGUGCCUCCGAUCCCUGCGCGAAUGGCGGAGUAUGUAUGGAUUUAAUCAAUGGAUUUAAAUGCGAAUGUCCGCGUGGAUAUUAUGAUGCACGAUGUCUCAGCGAUGUAGACGAAUGCGCUUCAAACCCUUGUAUUAACGGCGGACGAUGCGAAGACGGGGUGAAUCAAUUCAUUUGCCAUUGCCCACCAGGUUAUGGAGGAAAACGUUGUGAAGUAGAUAUCGACGAGUGCGGGUCGAAUCCCUGCCAACAUGGUGGUCUCUGUCGAGACAGCUUGAAUUCCUAUACAUGCCAAUGCAUGCCCGGAUAUGCAGGGAAAAAUUGUGAAACAAAUAUUGACGAUUGCCUUCAUAAUCCAUGUCUCAAUAGUGGAACAUGUAUUGAUCUGGUGAAUGGAUUCAAAUGUGUUUGCAAGGUGCCAUUUACCGGGGGCGACUGCAGUGAAAAGCUGGAUCCUUGCUCUUCAAGUCGCUGUCGCAAUGGUGCCAAAUGUAUUCCUAGUCUAAACUUUUUGGAUUUCUCAUGCAAGUGCCCAAUCGGCUAUACAGGAAGAUAUUGCGAGAAGGACAUUAAUGAGUGCGAGUCAGCACCUUGUCGAAAUGGAGCGAAUUGUACAAAUGUUCCUGGGUCGUAUAGGUGUGUAUGUGCAAAAGGCUAUGAGGGCAAAGAUUGCAUAAUCAACACGGACGAUUGUGCGUCUUUUCCAUGCCAGAAUGGUGGAACUUGUCUUGAUGGAAUCGGCGACUAUACUUGCCUCUGCGUUGAUGGAUUUAAAGGCAAACACUGCGAAAUUGAUAUUAACGAAUGCUUGAGUGAACCAUGUCAGAACGGGGCGACUUGCAAUCAAUACGUUAAUUCAUACACUUGUACCUGCCCGCUAGGGUUUUCGGGGAUAAACUGCCAAACUAACGACGAAGACUGCACGCAAAGUUCAUGUAUGAACGGCGGAACAUGUAUAGAUGGAAUUAACAGCUAUAACUGCUCCUGCUUAUCAGGUUUUACGGGAUCAAACUGCCAAUAUAAGAUCAACAAAUGUGAUUCGCAGCCGUGUUUAAAUUCAGCUACAUGUCACGAAAGUGGGAAUGAGUACACAUGCUAUUGUGCUUACGGGUAUACUGGAAAGCAAUGUACCGAAUAUAUAGAUUGGUGUUCGCAGAGCCCUUGUGAGAAUGGCGCGACCUGCGUUCAGGAUAAAAACUUGUACCAAUGCGUCUGUGCAGCUGGCUGGACGGGAAAAUUGUGUGACGUAGAAAUGGUGUCUUGCAAAGAUGCGGCGUUCAGAAAAUCGGUGAACAUCAAACAUCUAUGCAACAAUGGAACUUGCGAAGAUAUUGGCAACUCACAUCGAUGUCACUGCCAACAAGGAUACAUCGGGUCAUACUGUCAGAAAGAAAUUAAUGAAUGCGAAUCGCAACCCUGUCAAAACGGCGGCUCUUGCAAAGAUUUAAUAGGAACGUAUAAGUGCAAUUGUAGACAAGGAUUUCAAGGACAAAAUUGCGAACUGAAUAUCGACGACUGCAAACCAAAUCCUUGUCAGAAUGGCGGAACGUGCCACGAUUUGAUCAAUAGCUUUAUGUGCUCAUGUCCACCUGGAACAGUUGGUAUCCUCUGUGAAAUCAACCAAGAUGACUGCGUUGCGGAUGCGUGCCACAAUAACGGAACAUGCAUCGAUAAGGUUGGUGGUUUUGAAUGUGCAUGUCCACCUGGGUUCGUGGGCUCCCGUUGCGAAGGAGAUAUCAAUGAAUGUUUGUCGAACCCAUGUUCGAAUCCUGGGACCCUAGAUUGCGUCCAAUUAGUGAAUGAUUACCACUGCAAUUGCAAGCCAGGUCACAUGGGAAGACACUGCGAAAAUAAAGUUGAUUUCUGCACCAAGUCACCUUGUCAAAACGGUGGUGUUUGCUCAACGCGUCAGACAGGACAUCAUUGCGUCUGUGCAGAUGGCUUCUUCGGCACAAACUGUGAAUUCUCCGGACAUGACUGUGAUUCGAACCCCUGCCACGCUGGAACAUGUCAAAUUGAAGACGCUGGCGGCUACCGAUGUGAUUGUCCAUUUGGGACGAACGGAACACAUUGUGAAAUGGAUACGUACAAUGAAUGCAUAUCAAACCCCUGCAAAAAUGGAGGAUAUUGUGAGAAUAAGCUGGGUGACUUUGAAUGUUUGUGUCCAAAUAAAUGGAUUGGAAAAGCAUGUGAUAUAUUCGACGAAGACGGUAUCUCAUUUGCCAAAGACUUGGAAUUCCAGAGAGGGCAGUGUUUGAAGAAUGAUUGCCCUCAGAAGAAGGGAAACCAUAAAUGCGAUGAGGAAUGCAACACAUAUGCAUGUGACUUCGACGGGAAUGAUUGUUCGUUGGGUAUUGAUCCAUGGCAAAAUUGUAGUGUGGCAUUAAACUGCCGAGCGGUGUUUUUGGACGGCAAUUGCAAUGAGGAAUGCAACACACCACAAUGUUUAUUCGAUGGGAGGGAUUGCGAGAAGCAACUGCAGCCGUGUCUUGCAACAUACGACGCUUAUUGCAGGAAACAUUAUGCCAAUGGACGAUGCGAUUAUGGGUGUAAUAAUGCCGAGUGCAAUUGGGAUGGCCUGGACUGCGAAAAUGAACAGGAGCCACCGGCUCUGGCCGAAGGUGUAAUAUUCGUCAAACUACUUAUGGAUAUAGAUGAAUUCAAAGAACAAAAGAUAGGUUUUCUGCGUGAUAUGGGUCAUCAUUUACGCACAACUUUACGGAUCAAGAAAGAUCACAAGGGCAACGAUAUGGUUUAUCCAUGGAAAGGCAAUGCCGAAAUCGCUGGCUUACAAGAUACCGAGUUCGGACGCAAACACCAUAUACUUUUCUCCGAAAGAAUCGGUCAACAUGGAGUGUUUGUCUAUUUAGAAAUCGAUAACAGGAAAUGCAUAGAUUGCUUCAACACUGCCGCAGAGGCUGCUGACUACCUGGCGGCAACUGCUUCAAAACGUGUAUUUGCUGAAUCAUAUCCGAUUGUGCAGGUGAGGGGACUGAACACACCCGAUAUCCCCGAUAGCCCGACAAAUGUAAAGUACGUUGUGCUGGGUGUAGCUUGUGCCCUUAUUGCUUUUGUUCUGUCUGGAGUGUUAGUAGUUCAACGAAAACGCGCGCACGGUAUCACGUGGUUCCCUGAAGGGUUCUUCACCCCUUCAACUGGACCAAGGCGCCACUCAAGACGGCGUGGUCCCGAUGGGCAAGAAAUGCGAAAUCUAAAUAACAAUCCGUCACUUGCAUGCAUGGAUUCGGACGUUAAUAUGAACACUGGACACAUGGGCCACGCGCAGCAUUGGUCGGACGAUGAAUCAGAUAUGCCUCAAGCAAAACGACACCGGCGUUGUGAUCAAGGCUACACUAAUAAUCAUUCAGCGGUAACAGAUUACGAAGAAGCAGAUCCGAGAGUUUGGUCACAGCAACAUUUGGAAGUAGCAGACGUACCGCCUUCCAUUAUGACACCUCCAGCUCAUCAGGAUGGAAAACACGAUGUAGAUGCUCGUGGUCCCGGCGGUAUGACUCCCCUUAUGGUUGCAGCAGUAAGAGGAGGAGGAAUAGACACUGGGGACGAAAUAGAUUCCAAUGAUGAUACUGGCGAAGUGAUUCAGGACCUACUGAACCAAGGCGCCGAAUUAAAUGCAAAGAUGGAGAAGACAGGAGAAACGUCGUUACAUCUUGCUGCUCGUUAUGCUCGUGCAGAUGCGGCGAAACGGUUGCUGGAUGCCGGUGCUGACGUAAAUUGCCAGGAUAAUACAGGAAGAACGCCAUUGCAUGCGGCUGUGGCGGCGGAUGCUAUGGGUGUAUUCCAAAUACUUUUAAGAAAUCGUGCAACUAACUUGAACGCUCGAAUGCAUGACGGUACGACUCCAUUAAUACUCGCAGCUCGUUUAGCUAUUGAAGGUAUGGUUGAGGAUCUAAUAAACGCGGAAGCUGACAUAAACGCAGCAGAUAAUUCGGGAAAGACGGCGCUACACUGGGCAGCGGCCGUAAACAAUGUUGAAGCGGUCAAUAUAUUACUAAUGCAUCACGCGAAUCGUGAUGCCCAAGAUGAUAAGGACGAAACACCUUUAUUCCUAGCGGCACGUGAAGGUUCUUACGAAGCUUGUAAAGCGUUGCUAGAUCAUUGUGCCAAUCGUGAAAUAACCGAUCACAUGGAUUGGUUGCCACGAGAUGUUGCCGCGCAGCGACUUCAUCACGAUAUAGUUCGUUUACUUGACGAACAUGUCCCACGGAGCCCGCAAAUGGUUCCUGUGGUACCAAACACAAUGGUUGGGUCUCCACCGAACCAGGCCCAAAUAAUUACUCCACCAACAGUCAUUGCUUCUGGUAAGCAGGCAAAAAAUAAGAAGCGACAAAAAAUGUCGACGAAUCCUAACAGUCCAGAAACGGACGGUAGCAUAAGAAGGAAACCGAGUGUAAAAAAGGCCUCGGCGAAAAAAGAUCAGAUGCGAUCUGACGAACAGCACUUGCACGCCAGUCUGUCUGUGGAAUCGCCUGUGACCAGUGUGCUGAGUCCAUAUGAUACGGCGAGUUUGUAUUCGAAUGCAAUCGCUGCGCAUUCCCACCUAGACACGUUGGGUAACAAGCAACCACCCAGUUAUGAAGAUUGCAUAAAGAACUCCCAAUCUGUACAGUCUCAACAAAGCCUUAAUUUACAAAAUUAUGGCUAUUCGUUUGGUCUUCCAUUCCAAGAUGCAAAUGCACAACGAGUGAAUGCUCAGAACGUACAAAUUGGAGAGCAAGGACUGAGUCCUCCCUACUCGAAUCAAUCGCCACCACACUCGGUGCAAAGCAGUAUGGCACUCUCGCCUCAAGCAUUCAUAGAAUCUCCAUCACCCGUCAAAUCACGGCCCAGUUUACCAACUUCCCCAACGCAUAUAAAAGCCAUGCAACAUGCAACGCAUCAAAAGCAUGGAAACCAGACUAGUUUGAACAGUAACGGUCCGAGCAGUAAUUCUUCGGGUUUCCAAUCCUCGAGUAUGUCGCAGCAGAAUUCGCCGAUCAAUAACACUGCUCUCAUCUCGCCCACCGGAGGUAUGACGAACAUUCAGCAAAAUGCGAACAAUGCAAUGCUGCCUUCGAUGCAAAUGGGUUUCGAGUUUAGCCCGCCCACGAUGGAAUUAAGCAGUUUAUGUGGUUCUCCAGAUUCUUCGAAUCUCUUUACAGGACAAAUGCAUCCUGCAUCCUCGCAAAGUUCAAAUCCAUCGUCAACGCCAUCAAACUCAUCGCCACAUCAAAACAUGCAAUCAUUUUAUCAAUAUCUAACACCACCCAGCCAACAUUCUGGAGGUCACACGCCACAGCACUUAGUGCAAACAUUAGACAGUUAUCCGACGCCGUCGCCCGAAUCGCCGUGGUCCAGUGCCUCGCCCCAUUCGACUUCAGACUGGUCGGAAGGCGUUCAAUCUCCUGCCAAUAAUAUGUACAUAUCUGGUGGUCAUCAGACGAACAAAGGUUCCGAAGCAAUUUACAUCUGAACGGAAGCAAGUGUAGAAGUCCUGGUGCCCGCUAAAAUACAAAGUUUGUGUAAGUUACAGAAUUAACAGUUUAAUGAUGUCCAUAAUAGAAAAUUAGUUAGGUAGAAGUAAUUAUUUUAGUUUGUUAAACUAAAAUUGGAGAAAAGACAGUAUAAAGAGACAUUUCCGAUACAUAAUAUGCGUUAUAAUAUGCGACUGAAUAUGUAUGUGUAAGAAUAUUAUUUUGUAUUCUGUUUAAGAAGAUACUUUAAAGUUAUUGAAAAUUCAGCUAAGUAAAAUUCGAUACGAUGUAAGGAUAUUUUUAAAGGAUAUUCGUUUAUUAUAUUAUUUAAAAUAUUAAAAAGAAAAUUUGUUUGAAAAAAUAAAUGUAUAAUUACUUUUA